GGUGGUUCAGCGACUCAUUGCACUCUAUGAGCUAUCUCCUGAGAACAGUCGUUUGAGGCUGGGGACCGCGUCGGGUGCUCCGGAUGUCGCAAUUCAGGGCGAAGUUGAUGUUUGCUCUUCGACAGUUCUGCUCCGGCACCUCGGGCGAAUCCUUCCGCCAGGAAGUUGGCGUCUUGCUGCCGACCGUCAUUGAGGAGCUGGGUGCUGUGGCUGUUGGCAAGCCAUUCGAUUCUCUCACCAGUGACCAGACAGAUUGCUUGGUGAGUGCUGUCUUGCUGCUUUUCACCUUGUCAAUCUCGCCGACAUUGCUCGAAGAGAUGAGGGAGCAGGGCUUCAUCGACAUCCUCCUGAAGCUGCGCUUUUCCCCGCUGAAAGAGCUGGACGUGACCCGCGAGCGCAUCGUGGAGCUUUGGGAGCUUCUGAAAGGCGAAGAACCCAAGUAGAUCCACCUGAGAUGUUUAGAUCUGUAUCUCUUUGAGAGGUUGAGUACCAAAGAGUACUCUCUUCAUAUCGAGAAAACAG